CGCCGUCCUCGCUCUCUCUCCCUCUCUCUCUCCCCUCCGCCAGCGCGCCGGGCGGCACACGACCAUGAGGCCGCGGAGGUUCUUCAGAAGAUGAUGAGGUCAUUCAACCAGGGUUCAUCAGCCCCAGCCCCUUAAGGAUCCGAGGUGAAUUAGUAGCAAGAAAGCAUGUAAUUGACAGAGUCACGUGUGCUCAGGGGCCAGAAACCGGAGAGAGAAGAGAAAAAAAUCAAAAGAAGGAAAGCACAUUAGACCAUGCGAACUAAAUUUGUGAUCGCACAAAAUCAAGAUGUUAGACUGAUGCUGAAGAUCACUCCGGUCCAAAGGGAAAGUUUUCAUCUCUGGAGUUUGAAGCUGAGGGCCGGUGGGGCAACAUGGCCGAAGGCGGGGCAAGCAAAGGUGAAGAGCCAGAAAAACUGCCUGGGCUGGCAGAGGAGGAACCCCAGGUUCUGCAUGGCACUGGCCACUGUAAAUGGUUCAAUGUGCGCAUGGGAUUCGGAUUCAUCUCCAUGAUAAGUCGAGAGGGAAACCCCUUGGAUAUUCCAGUGGAUGUAUUUGUACACCAAAGCAAACUAUUCAUGGAAGGAUUUAGAAGCUUGAAAGAAGGAGAGCCAGUGGAAUUUACAUUUAAAAAAUCCCCCAAAGGCCUUGAGUCAAUACGGGUAACAGGCCCAGGUGGAAGCCCCUGCUUAGGAAGUGAAAGAAGACCUAAAGGGAAGACCCUGCAAAAGAGAAAACCAAAGGGAGAUAGGUGGAGACGGCAGGAUUUACUGAUGGAUCAGAUGUGGACUGUGAGAGAAGAAGAGUCCAGGAUGAUUCCAAGAUGCUACAACUGUGGUGGUCUCGACCAUCAUGCUAAAGAAUGCAGUCUACCUCCUCAGCCAAAGAAGUGCCAUUACUGUCAGAGCAUCAUGCACAUGGUGGCCAACUGCCCGCACAAGCUUGCUGCUCAGCUGCCUGCCAGUUCUCAGGGAAGACAGGAGGCAGAAUCACAGCCAUGCAGCUCUGCCGCACCGAGAGAAGUGGGAGGGGGUCAUGGCUGCACAGCGCUGUUUCCUCAGGAGGUGAAGUCAGAAAUGGCAGAGCGCUUAGACAGGUCACCCCAAGAAGUUUCUUCCACGAAUGCAUUUGCAGCAAUAGGAGAGCAAACCAAAAAGGGGCCUUUGAUUCAGAAACGGAAAAAGACUUAGUACUUAUCAGUGUUCUUGUCACCCGGCUGGGAGUCUACCUCAUGCAAGCACAGAGGAAUCGUGCUCCAUAGAGAGCAGCCGACCGGGGAUUUUAACUACUGCUGAGGAACUGUGAAGUUCUUAAUUAGACAAAUCACUCUUAAGCAAAUUACAUAUAAGCAGGGUGUCAUGUUUUAUAGAAUUGAGAUACUACAUAUAGUAUGUGCAUAAGUGAGAGGGGAGACCUGAAUCUGUAUGUAUGUGUGAGGAUUUCAUAUAAGAGUACAGGCACACACAUAUACAUAUAUAUAUAUACAUAUAUAUGUAUAUAUAUACAUAUAUAUGUAUAUAUAUAUAUGUAUAUGUGUGUGUGUGUGUGUGUGUGUGUGUGUGUGUGUGUGUGUGUGUAGAUAUAAGCACAUACUCUUCCUCAGAUAAUUGGGCAUCUCUAAGCAUUGAAAAUCCAUGUGAAGCAUUUGAGAUGGUUUCAGAGUUAACCCUUGGAAUUUUUCCUAAAUACUACUUCUUUUAUAUUAUGUAAAAAAAAAAAAAUCACGUGACUGUUAACUUUCAUGUGAACCAAAGCAUACUUCAGAUCUCAGAGCUGCCAGUCAAAUGGUACUAAAGGCUUUUGGGAUACUUGGUGCCUCCCAAGUCUGUAUUCAUAACUCUGUCUGGAUGCUGAUGAAGUGUAUUGCUGUUGCUGAUAUCUGUCUUCUCCUGUUUGAAGGCAGUAACUUCAAUCUAGAUGCCUCCAACUGCCAUAAGCUUUCGAUCCUUGGAUACUUAGCUCCAGAAAAGACAAUGAAUGUGAACUUCCUGUGCUAAUAUUUUAGUGUCUUUUAUUCGGUUUGAUUGUAAAUUACAUGCCUAUUAAGAAAAAUGAAGGGGCAGGUAAUGUAUAUAGUAAUGUGAUCCUUUUCAGUGGUAUUUUGAUCCUAGGUCUUUUACAAGUGUUCUGAGGUCUUUAAGGGAUUGUGGCAACAGAAACCUCCUCUGACUAAGUAGCUUUUGAACCAUCACUUAGAACAGGAAGGCCUCUUACUUACUACUGAAGCCUUAGAGAACAAUUUAAUUAUUUGGGUAUAUUUUUGGUAGCUGUUUUUAUUUCCCCUGGAGAGUCCUCAGACCUGUUUCUAAAGCAAACAAAAGCAGCAUAGAAAUAAAAUAGUAGGGCUUAGAAUGAAAAUUAAGUUGCCCAAUAGAUACAGCCCGUGAAUGAUACUAAAAAGAAUAGUGUUUGAUGGCCAACAGAGUGAAUAAGUGGAGCAGAGUUACCAAAGUGCCCACUGUUCUGUGGCUAGAAAUACUUUAUAUGUUAAUAUUGAUGCCAUGGCAGGUUCCUUGAGUAUAGAAGCAGAAGUAAGCUGUGUGAUAGAUUCAGGAUAAGCAUUCAGAGCGAGUCAUAGGAUCUUCUCAGAUGGAGUCUCAGUUUGCUAAGAUUGGCUAGGAACUGAUCGCAGUAUUGGGCUGUUUUCCAUCAUGUUUUGUUUUGGGUUUUUGUGUGUGUGUGUGUGUGUGUGUUUAAUGGAGUUAGCCUGGUUCUAAAUGUCAUGAGCAAACUUUUGAAACAUCUUCAAGAAGGUACCAAGGGAUUGCAGCGCAUAAUUUUGACUGUAACUAUAUGGGCCUUUUGUUAUAAGCUCAGAUAAUCAAACAAGAAAGCAUUGUGACUCGUAUGAGACACAUACUGUGGAGGAGUCACUUCCUCCUGUGAGUCUUAUCCUAGAAAUUGGGUGACGCUAAGGUUUCAUCAAGCCACUAGAAGAAGAAACUGUCUCCAGCUAGCUUACCAGUCUUUUCCAGAGUAGCUUGAAUUUCUUGACAGUAUUUAUGAGAAUUCCUAUAGUGUUUUACUGAAGUAUCAGUGUGCUGUAAUACAGAGCUUACCUUUGACGAUAUUGAAUGUGAUGUAGCCAUAGAGAAGUGCUGCCUUGCCUUACGUGAGGAUUUCAAGCUUAUUUAAAUUAUGUAGACAAAUCAAAGUGUCAUCCAAGUAUAAUGAACAAGGUAACAGUUGUACAAGCAAAAUAUGAUAGGUCACUUUGAACGUUCAAACCAAAGUUCCUUGUCUAUAAAAAUAGGAAAUAAUGGUCUUGAAAAUUGGACAUUCUGUUUACAUUCAGAGCUGAGGUCAUUUUUUACAAAGUAGAAAAUUCAGAAACACUUGAACUAUAGACCUUAUGGGUACAGUCAACUUCUUUUUCAGCAUCUGACCAGACUGACUUACUAAAAGCACAUACCAAACCUAUCUUAUGGUUAAGAGUUUAUUUUUUUAUAUGAAAAUAGUGUCACUAUUACAUGCUCAGGACAAAGAACUUUGCUCAGGGAACAUACCAUAUAAUGUUUUUAUUGGGUUUUGUUUUUGUUUUUGUUUUUGUUUUUCAGACUAAUGUAUAAUCCUGCUUUCUCAGAGCAAGCCAAAUAAAUUAAGUCUUUAUGUACGUACAUAUACUUGUUAGUAACUACCUCUGAGUUUGACAUUGAUCAUACUUCUGAAUAUCAGAUAUUGGUCCUUCCUUUUUAAAUUUCAUGUCAAAGUCUUAUAAAGCAAAAUUCCACUCCCUGCAGAUGUGAAUUCACUGAUAUGAGCACUUGCUCAUUCACACAAGUGAAAAUUCUGUUUACAGCAAAUGGCUACCUCCCAGCUACCACAGAGCACACUUUGAUGCUGCUGCAGCCUGCGGGUUGCUGAUAAUUAAUUCCCUGGUACAGACGCUUUUAAUCUGUAGCACAGAUAGGCAUUUGCAACUGCAUGUUUCUGAAAAGACACCUGUUUUUCUCAUAGACUUCUCAUGUUGUGUAACAAAGUCUCCAAGCAUUUCCUCAGAGUUAUCAUGUAUUAAAUUUAAGGAAGUAUGGACACUCUAAUUUAUCCUAAGCAAAACAGAACACAGAAACAAUCUUGAAAAUAGCUCUGUUGCCUAGAGGUGCGGGGCAGGAGAGGGAACAAAGGCAAACUUGGGUUUGCAUUUUGCUGACAAGUGUUAUAAAAGAUUCCUACCCCAUUCUCUUGUAUCUCUACAGUACUGAAGGCCAAGCAUACUGCAGCAUUCCAGGUCCCAGACACAUAACUAACUGGCACCACCGUGCCAUGGGCGAAAUUAAAGUGCUGUGCUGCCUUGAGCCAGGGGGGAAUGGGGUCUGUGGAGCACCACUUUGCAAGGUUUCCUAAUAGUGGGGUGUGGUUUGAGCCAUCUUUUGACCUCCCCCUCAUAUCAACACAAAUGUAAUUCCUAAAAAAUGAUUCACUACCAGCCUUUAGCCUGCGAGCUAUUCAUUCUCUCUACACAGCAGGUCAUAGUGGACACAUUUUUAUACUUGCAUUUCUAGUCUUUGGAUGUAUUUUUACAAAUGAAAAAUUUAGGAAGAUUUUUAUCUGCUUAUAACUUGGAAAUUUUAGUGUGCAAUCUAAAGAAAAAGAUAAAGUCAUCACGUUACUAGCAUCAGUCCACCUCCCAGAUAUAGGCUGUUUUAUUGCCAAUUAUUUUUGUAUUCUGGCUGAGCUUUAGUUUGCACCAGGGCAGGCCUAACUUGCCGCUGGUUGUAUGUAGUUUGUGAAUAGAAGCCCAUAAGUGUUAAUAAACCUUGUAACAUUCACUGUAAGAUGAAUUAUACAGGAUGUGGGGAAUCUCAGUAAGUCUUAAAGUUAAUUUAAAGUAAUUUAUCUGUUUUCUCUAAGAAAUGUUUAUCAUAAAAUAUAUAUGUAAUUUCCCAUUUUGGUAUAAAAUCUAGGGAAGUGUGUGCAAGUGGAGUUGUGCUGACUUUGAUUUUCUAGAUGUCUUAAUGAGAUUUAUUUGUUUUAGAAAAAGAACAACUUGUUGAAAACAUCCAAUUCUGUCUUAAAUACUGUCAACAGCCUCUUCAAGAUGUGCCUGUGUGAUCUGUGACCUCCUGUUCGUUUAAAGUGAGACAGUGACCUAUGAUUCAUUGUUGACCUUAUGCUUGGAACAGAACUAUGGCGUUACGGUGGAGUCCUGUACGGCGAGAAAGUGUCAGGAUAUGCAACACACCUGUGGCUUACCCCUUGACGGUCCCAGCUUGGAAAUGAUGGCACCGACUACCUCUUCAAUCACUUCUGGCUAUCAACCACAGGCACUUAGCACCAGGCUGGCUUUAAUUAGUAUGUGUUGUUUUUGUGGUGGUAACAACUCUAUCCAUAUAAAGACCAAAGUGAACCCUGGUUUCUAUAUGUCUUUAAUGCAGUGUUGUAUCUAGUAUUUGGAAAUUAUCUCAUUUAGAAUUUAGAUUACCUUACUCCAUUUUGAUUCAUGUUGUUUACAAGUGAACAUUUUUUAAAGAUACACUUGAACUUGCGUUAGAGAGAACAAAGGAGGAGUUGCUAUUGGACUGGCACAGCGCAUUCCACGGACUUGGUGGACUGCUCUCUGCAGACAUGGGCCUAAGACUGUCUUUGUACCGAAUGUCUUACUCUGUUGGCUAUUGAUGUUUUGAGGUUUAAAAUUACAUGAUAGAAAAUAAAAGAUAUAAUGUUGGUGUUUAAGAUGGGUUUGGA